AAAAGGCAUAUUGUAGUUGAGUUUUGCGAAAAAAUUGCGAUUGAAUUGAGCAGCAAUGGGGAAAGAUUAUUACAAAAUACUCGGUGUUUCCCGUACUGCCACCGACGAUGAAAUUAAAAAAGGUUAUCGAAAAAUGGCCCUGAAAUACCAUCCGGACAAGAAUAAGGCGCCAGAAGCAGCUGAAAAAUUUAAGGAUAUUGCCGAAGCUUUUGAAGUAUUGAAAGAUAAAAAUAAACGAGUUAUUUACGAUAAGUACGGAGAAGAAGGUCUCAAAGGACAACCAGCCUCAGGAGGAUCAUCAAAUGGACCCCAAGGAAUGCACAUGGGGCCUGGAUUUACUACAACAUUUUCCUUUGGUGGAGACUUCAGUGGAGACCCAUUCAAAACAUUUAAAGAUUUCUUCGGUGAUGAAGAUCCUUUUGCAGAUUUGAUGAAAUCCAGUGGAUUUGGUCCACAAAGUUUUGGUGGAACAAGUCCCAACAUGUCAGGCUUUCGGUCGGGCUUUGGUGGACUAGGUAACAUGUUUGGGAACCUGCAUUCUGGUGAUCUUUUAAACAAGCAAGCACCCAAGGAUCCACCUAUCUAUCGAGAUCUGCCUGUGACAUUUGAAGAUUUGCUAAAAGGUGCAACAAAGAGAAUGAAAAUCACAAGAAAUGUCACAGAAGGUGGCAUGACCUUUGAAGAGGAAAAAGUUUUGACAGUUGAAAUCAAGAAAGGUUGGAAAGCAGGCACCAAAAUUACAUUUGCUGGUGAGGGUGAUCAAAAACCCGAUACGACUCCUGCAGAUAUCAUAUUUGUAAUAAAAGACAAACCUCAUUCGCAUUUCACAAGAGAUGCUGACAAUAAUUUGUUGUAUACUUGCAAUUUAUCAUUAAGGGAGGCACUAAUUGGAUGUACUGUUGAAAUACCAACAUUAGAAGGACCAUCAGUAAAAUGGCAAUUGAAAUCUGUUGUGCAACCAGGUUCUACAAAAUGCAUGUCUGGAAAAGGUCUGCCUCUACCGAAGACUCCCAAUCAACAUGGAGAUAUGGUAGUUACAUUUCAAGUUUCUAUACCCGAUAAUUUAACACCUAAUCAAAGAGAUUCUUUGGCAAGAAUGCUUCCGUAGAAUAUUUUAAUGUUGGAGAAGAUUGUUCUUUCAUGAGUUGUUGAGGGUGAAUAUGUUUUGGAAUUAUGUUUAUGUAAACAGUGCCUAUAUUUUUGAAGUAUUCAAGCAAUUCUAGAAAACUGCAUGAUUAUUGUGCAAUUUGGAUGACAUAAAUUUGGCAAAAACAGAAGUGGCAAGUGAAGUGCUGAUGACCUUAACAAUUUCACUUUAGAAAAUGAAAGUUUUAAGUUUUGUGUUUCAUUUUCAUGAGAUAAAAUUUCUGAAUGAAAUUAAGUUUUUAAGACCACUUUAGUUUAAUAUAUGUAACCACUUUAUAUGAAAAGAGGCAUUUAGUGUUAAGUAAUAUUUAUGUUGUGGUUUUCCUGGUCUUAAAUUCUUGACCUUUGAAUAUAUGUUGACCUAUGUUCAAAUGAUGACUAUAUUUUUCUGUUCAACCUUGAAAAACAGCCAUGAAGAUUUAUCAGAAAGGCUUUAAAUUCCAGUCAACAUUCUACAAACAUUUAAGGAAGGUUAAGUUUAAUUAAACAAAUUCGCCCAACUUCACUGACUGUAGCGCGCUUCCAGCUUAUAUAAAUCUGUGUCAACCGAGAUCCAUUGCGUGCUAAUGACGGCAUGACAGUCAUACUUUAGGCUGAGGAAGGUUAAGUUUAAUUAAAAAAUUUUGCUCAUUUUGAGUACAUGUUUGGUCAACUAUCUAUAUUGUAAAUUUAACAUAAUUAUUAAAAGUUUUGGAUUUAAAUAAAAAGUAUAUUUAUAUAAACUAAAAAA